CAAAACUGCCAUUGAGCCUCGAGACCAUUACCGUAUCCCCAAAACAUCGUUCUGCCACACCUCAAUCGAUUACAACACACCAAUCGCCGCUAUGCCAGCAAUGCUCGAUGACCCAACUUCCCCGCCAAUCCUACACAAGGUCGACAAAGCUGCACACGAAUUCACUCCGGAGCACGUGACGCUAAAGAAUGGCUCAGCCGCGACCAUCCUUCCGUUCACCUCUCUUGACCAAGUCCCUCCGUCGCUGGUUGCCUUCUUACAUGCACAGCUUUCAGCUGAGAUUGAAGGUGGCGACACAUAUCCCAUGCUUGACGCACUACCCCUGGAAAGCUUUGGGCCUUACUGGUUUGGCGUCUUCGGCACAGUAAUGUUGGAAGGCGACUUCAAGAGUUCAGAAGAGGUCAAGAAUAUGGACGCCGAUUGGAGCAAUGUGUGUCUGGGUAGCUUCUACAUCAAGCCGAAUUAUCCUGGACGAAGUAGUCACGUCUGCAAUGCUGGUUUCCUUGUCACUAGCGCUGCGAGAAACAAGGGUGUUGGAAAAUUGCUAGGCAAGCAGUAUCUGCGAUGGGCACCGAAGCUGGGUUUCACAUACUCAGUUUUCAAUCUAGUGUACGAGACCAACGUGGCAUCUACAAAAAUUUGGGACUCACUAGGGUUCGAGAGGAUUGGUCGUGUCAAGAAAUGCGGUAAGCUAAAGAGCUAUCCUGGAAGGAAGAUUGAUGCGAUUGUGUACGGCUAUGACUUUGAGCCGGAUUCGACCGAGUAG